GAUAACAAAAGAAUCAAAACAAUCUUUCCGGUUUACAAAAUUAUGGGCUGCCGAUAGCAAAACUGUUUCAUAAUUUAACUUGAUAAAUGACAACUUUUCGCCUCCUCGCUGGUUGUCACUUCGUUCUACACAAUACUAUACAUGAAUAGAAAACCGAGUUUCUAUUUGAUCAAAAAUUUAUUUUUAUUUCGACGGAAUGCCAUUCACUAGUGAUUCCAGCUCUGACGAGUGGCUGGUUCAAGACCAUUUACCAUGGUCGCAAAUUGAAGCCAAAUUUAGAGGACUUAUAAUAAGCCGUGAUUUAUCUAAAGUUGAAAUUGUUGACUUCUUGGAAACAUUUUUAAAAUUUAUUCGCAUUGAACCCAAAGAAUCCCGUUCAUUCACCAGAUCUAUUUUCAAAUAUUUAUUGGCUACAAAAAACUUGAUAUCCAAUACGUUUGUGGAGCAGUCAUGCUGUGUUCACAUCAAAAACAUUUUGGUAAUCUACUGUGUCUUAGAGUUAAGACUGACUACUUGCUUGGAUGAUGAAUCGGCGGUGGCAUCAAAUAUUAUCACUAAAAUAUUUCUGUUGAUGCAGAGAUCCAAAUCCGUCACAAUUUUGGACGCACUGAUUGACAUAGACGAAAUCAUUCGAUCAUCGCGGUCAAAGUCUGUGAUGGCCAUUGUUUACAGACACUUUCUGACAAGGGCUCCGGCUGGACCACCGAGAGUCUUGGAUGACAACACUUUUAUCAAACAUCUCAUACUCUACCGUUCUUGGUACAGUGCAGAAGUGAUGAAUGGGAAAGUGGACGUUUUCAAACGGUUUUCGUCGACAAUCAAGCCGACAGAAGAGUUGAGAACCAAUCAGUCGUACUCUCUUUUGGGGAUUGAUGAGGUGGUUGACUAUAAACAGUUGCUUCAACAGCCAUUACCACGAAAUGCCUUAAUCAGAGCUCUGCGUGAUGCUGAAAGUGUUACCGACUCGCAGAAUGACGAUGCAAACCUUCUUUCGCUAGACAAAUUGCUGGACUUGACGACGGACGAUGAAACUGCAAUGAAAGUUGAAGUUGAUCUUACAUUAAAUUUGACCAACGAGACAAUUUCAGUGGAUGACGAAGGCGACAACGACGAUUCGGUAACAAUCAGCUACUUACCAAAACUAUUUGAGCGAUGGGAUGCAAUUGACGAGUGUGAAUGGAGAGUAGCGGUACUACAGCAUACCCGCGAAACUAUGGUCUACGAUGGUGAUGAUGAAUCGUCAACAGAUCGAACGGCAAAAAAAGUUACAUUCGGCAGUGUUACGACACAUGUUUAUGAGGUAUGCGAUGAUGAUUGGUGUGAUGAUGACUCUUAUACUGAUGAAUUCUAUGAUGAUGAUUCUAGUGAUAAGAGCAAUACCGAUUCAUUUACUGGACCGCUUCACAAUUUUCCAAGUGCGACCAACAGAACCGAUCAUUCAUCAUAUCAACUAAUAAGCGAAAGUAAUCGAGAUAAAUACUCAGCAGUCGCCAAUAGUAAACCUCGGAAGAAGAAGCGAAGUCAUUUUGGUAAACCAAUUGCACGUUGUUCAAUUGACGACUGGAUACGAAGAAAAAAAUUGACCACGAGUCAAUGCGUGGCAUCUGGAAAUGUUUGUGUGCCUGGUGAAAGAGUAAAAAAUUGCAGAAUCACUCUGAAACGUUUGGCCGAUCAUGGACAAAGAUACGGAACCAAUUCAGGACAUACCAAUCCUCAAUUUGGUAAGGUCGAUUUUUCCGACGAUGUCAUAGAAUCUGAAGAUUGGUCUGUUGGAUCGAGCACGAAGUCAUCAAAUCAUACUGUGAGCAAGGCAUCGAAAUCGGUGAUACGAUCAACUGAAACGCAUCGGGUAAUGUUCACAAAAUGUCCAGAACUGGGAUUGAAGAAGUGUACGGUUCGGUUGAAGCGGUUGCCCAGCAGUCAAUUACAUCCGACAUCGACAAGUUCGAAGAGAAUUCGGAAAUACGAAAAUGUACAAACCACCAAUUUUACGUAUUCUCGAGACGCUUAUGAGACGAAAACAUUCUUCGAAAGUUCUUCUCCCUCAGAUUGCGGAACGGACUUUUCAUCAUUAAUUUCAUCGAAAAGAGUAAUCACUACAAAUUCAACUGACGAAGAAACCCUGUCGGAAUCGACUUCAAUGGAAUCUUUCCUCGAUCAACCAGAGCAUUUAAUUUGCAGCCCAGAUACGACUACAUUGUUAACGUCUCAAUCUUUACCGUCCACCGCAAUUAACACCGAGAUAUGGUUAUAUAACGAUAAGGAUGUACACUGUGCAACAAAUUCUGACAGGAGUGUAACAACAUCUCUGCAAAUCGAGUUUGUUGAUUACAAUGAUAAGUCGUCCCCGCUAUAUUUACCAAGCAAUGACAAACAGAAAAACGAUAAACGCUCCAAAUCACCAGUUAAUAUUAGUGACAUUGCCGAUGCUUCGAAAGGCGAUUCCGAUGAAAUUUCAGCGAUUACAAAUUUCAUCGGUUCAGUGUCUGUUUGAAGUAUAUGGAAGGUAAGGUGAUUAAAGAGGCCUGACGUGUUUGUAAUUUUUUUUAUGUUUGAAGUCGGAAUGAAUUUGGAGCAGUCCAUCUGAUGCCAUGAAAAUCAAUUACUGUGAAACGUUGUUGGCGUUACAAAAAAUGUAUUCCAACGUAAUAUUCAACGUUAUCAUUAAAAGAAAAUGUU